AUGACUCCACUCCCCUCCACUUCCCCGGCCGUUGUUCCCAAGGACCAUCCAACCUCGCCGCCCGUCCCUGUCGCCGGGCACCGCCCGUUCCCCAUCUCCGAAACUGCCGUGCCACCGUCCUCGCCGCCUCCGUCCUACGGCUUCCACAACCUUGAGCGUCGCACCGUCGUCCUCGCUGAUGGCAGUGUCCGGUCCUACUUCGCCCUCCCGCCUGGCCCGCCAAUCGUCCUUGCUGAUAAGUUACAGUUUGGCCUUCCGGGGUUUGGUUUCGGGCCGGUGCAUGAUCCCGCGCUGGGGUUCGAUAAGCACUUCCCGCCAAAUUCUGACGGGCGGUUCAGCCCGGACUUCCGCCAGCCAACUCCCUAUGGCCGCGGCCCUGGGCUUGAUGGCCCAAGGCGUCCCCUGGAAGGUGGGCCUUCAUAUCUAAAGAGGAAGUACAGCGAAGAAGAUGAAUUCUUGUGGCACCGGCCGCAUGUCAUGCAACAUGGGAACCCUAAUGGGAUCCCUAUUGGCCCUUCAAGAUCUGGUGGAGACCGGAGGAACUACUUGGGUGGCAACAGCUGUCCUUUUAGAAGGGACGAUCAUGAUGAGCUAAGGUUGUCAAAGCAAGCAAAGUUGGCUGGAGAAAUUUAUGAGGAAAUGCCCCAAAAGAAAUUUCGACCUGAUGAUCUGCCUCCUGUGUUUCUGGAUUUGGAUAUGCAGGCUUUGAAGAGGGCCUUUCUUAGGUUGUCAAAGACGAUAAAUGAGAAUUCAUCCCAAAGAAAGAAAUAUUUGGAGGAUGGAAAAAAUGGACCUUUGCAGUGUGUUGUUUGUGGCAGGGCCUCUAAGGAUUUUGCUGAUGUGCAUGGGGUUAUCAUGCACACAUACAGCUCACAAAAUGCCAACUUGCGUGUUGAUCAUCUUGGGUUACAUAAAGCCUUGUGUGUUCUUAUGGGAUGGAAUUAUUCAAGGACCCCUGAAAACUCCAAGUCAUAUCAAUUAGUAUCUGCUGGUGAUGCUCAAGCAAACAGGGAAGACCUUAUCAUAUGGCCCCCAACAGUGAUAAUUCAUAAUACAAGUUCAGGAAUGAGAAAACAUGGUCGCGUUGAGGGUAUGAGUAAUAGAGAGAUGGAUAAUAGACUUAAAGAUUUAGGCUUUGGCGGUGGCAAGUCAAAGUCAAUCUAUGGAAAAGAGGGCCACACAGGUAUCACAGUCGUGAAAUUCGCAAACACUCGAGCUGGGAUGAAGGAGGCUGAGCGACUGGCAUGGUACUUCGAGAAGGACAACUGUGGACGCAAAGGUUGGGCACAUGCGCAAGGUUCUCAGUUCGGUGAUGAUGAGAAGGACCCUUCACUGGUCAGGGCUGAUGGGACGAUUGGUGAGAAGAUCUUCUUCGGUUAUCUGGCAACCACAUCAGAUCUUGAGAUAAUUGAUCUCGAUACAAGGAAAAGAGCUGUCAUCAAGAGCAGAAGAGAACUCGAUCUAUCCGACUAGCGCUUGACAUUGUUAUAUCAAAAGAUACGGCAAUCACCUUGUGCUCACAGGUUUAAUUCUCAUGGCAAGGGAACAGGUGCUUCCAUGCUUAUUUUUUCUCCAUCAGACUGCAAUAACAUAUAGAAAAAGUAAAUCACUUGGUGUAGGAUAUAACUGAAGGUUCCUAUACCAAAUCUUGUGUCAGUUGAGCACCUCAAUUGAAUAUUUCUGCAUAUAUAUUCUUCUAUGAGCCGGCAUAACUGUUACUAUUGUUUAGACAACAUCGUGGAAUGUGCUAAUUGACAUCUGUAA